AUGACCUCAGAAAAAACAAGGUCAUUGAAGAAAUGGGACUACUUCAGCUUGGACUUCCAUCUCUCUCAAUGAUACUGAGAGAGUGGUCACUUGUAAUUAUUGAUUUAAAAGACUGUUUUUCCAACAUCCUACUUCAUCCAGAUGAUGUUCCUCAAUUUGCAUUUUCUGACCCAAGCAUCAACAAAGAAGAACCUUUGCAAAGAUAUAAUUGGGUGGUCCUUCCUCAAGGACUCAAAAAUUCACCAACGAUUUGCCAAUGGUUUGUGGCACGAGCCUUGUCUCCAGUGCAAGAGAAAUAUCCGCAAGCGAUGAUCAUACAUUCCACGGAUGAUCUGCUCAUUGCAGUGCCAAUGCAGAAAGAAGUGCAAGAAGCUCGUGACAGCAUGACUGCAGAAAUUCAAAAGGCAGGACUGGAAGUUUCUACAUCAAAAAUCCAGGUAGUCUUGCCAUGGAAACACUUGGGAUGGAAGAUUUCAGAGCAAGCAAUCAGGCCACAGAACAUACAUCUGAGAACCAAUGUCCACAAUUUGCAAGAUCUACAGCAGCUUUUGGGAGAAAUCAAUUGGAUCAGACCAAUUCUGGGAAUCACCAACAAUGAACUUAUGCCACUUUUCGACUUAUUGAGAGGAGACUGCAACAUCAAAUCUCCGAGAACUCUCACACCUGAAGCUUAA